CAGUGUAGCUGUAGAGGUUUUCUGGCUGGGUAGCAAGUGCCUGUUCCAGACCAGACUGCUGAUCACCAAGAUGGACUAUGCCAAGAAGUCGCUAGGCCUGCUGUCCCCAAGCUCCCUCUCCAGGUGUGUUUCUGUCAGUGCCUCCAUGACCCAGCAGCUGCUGUCCAGUCCUGUCCCCAGGGCCCGGCCCUAUCGCAUCUGCAACUGGGACCGUAGCAUCCGCAAGGGCCUUGUGGCAGAGAGCCUGAGGGACCUGCUUGACAAGAUCCGUGCCACGCUGCUGAUGGUGGGCGCCAUCUCACUGGUCCUGGAUGAGGAUGGCACCAGUGUGGAGACAGAAGAGUUCUUCCAGACGCUGGAGGAGGGCACAGUGUUCAUGGUACUAGGCAGUGGGCAGACAUGGCGUGCAGCCAAGGUGGCAGGGUACCAGCUGUCUCUCUCCCGCAAGCCCCGCCGGAGGAUUGAUGUGGCCUGUGUGACUUUUGACCUGUACAAGACCAACCCCCAGGACUUGGGCUGCUUGAAUGUCAAGGCCACACUCUAUGGCACGUACAGCAUGUCCUAUGACCUGCGGUGCUACGGGGCAAAGAGGCUCAUGAAGGAAGCCCUGCGCUGGACCCUCUUCACCAUGCAGGCCACAGGCCAUGUGCUGCUUGGCACCUCCUGCUACAUGCACCAGCUGCUGGAUGCUACAGAGGAGCAGAAAGAAGAGGCUUCAUCUCUGCGGAGCCUCCAGCCCCUUCACUGCAGGAAAAUGCUUCAGUGAGGUCUCUGCCCUUGCGAGCGCCUGGACUCUACUGUGAUCACCACAUCCCUCUCCCAUUGCCGCAUCCGCCCGGGAGCGUGAGGUGGAGAGUGGGAGCGUCAGCACUGCACCGGCUAGGAGGGCCCCAGCUCCCCAGGGCAGGCUCCCUUGGGCUCUGUGCUGGAAGCCCAGGACCUCUCUUUGCCUUCUGCCUGAAUCUGCUCUGCUUCAGCUCAAGCCAGCCUGCAGCUGCUGACUUACCUGGAGUAGUUUCCUUCUACACCCUGAGCUGGCCUCACUCUCACCUGGCUUGUUGCUGCCCCAUGGCACUCACUCAGCCUUGGCACUGUCCGCUACUCCCUGUAAAUAUAUUUAUUCACAUUAAAGAUGGUC